GGCAGUUUAAUUAUUAGAUAUUGCUGUUCCUUUCGGUGAAUUCUCGACUAAAGUAAUACAACAGAAUAAACAAAGAGCUAUACGAACAGAAAGGAAGGAGACAGCCACACCAGAGUCACGGGAUCUAGACAGAUAUCGAUCGCAGCUCCAUUCACUUUGUCUGUUCCAGUGUCAUUUCAUCUGUUUUGCUACCUGUUUCCGCUUUGUCUCCUCUAUCUGCUUUGUCUAAUUUGCGGCUGCAGGUACAGUGGCUUCGUCUGCUUUGCAAGACUUCCCUAUUUUAUCUCUUUGCUAGCUCCUGCUACCUCAUGAAUUUUUUACCUACAGAAGUUUCAGUGAACGAACAAUUCUAAACCAUACUUCUCCUGUCUUCAGGACAUUUCGUGACAGAAUGAAACCCGCACACUUUUCUUUGGAAAAGGCCAUUCGUCCUAACAUCCUCGUUUCGCCCAAGUUCAUCACGAGCACCUCGGAUGAGCUCCAGGCCCGCAGCAAGAUUCUUCUCGAUGCCAAUGAGAAUUCGUCCGGGACUUGUCUCGAAUCGCUGACAAAGGUGAAUAACGAUGGAGACACCGAUCACUUGCUGGGCUCUAUCUUUGCGGGAGCAACUCCUCUCAAUCGGUACCCGUCGGCGUCACAGGCUAAGUUGAAGAGCCUUAUUGCAGACUCCAAGAAGCAAUGGGGAAUUACAAAGGAGAUGAUCUGUCUGGGAACAGGGGCCGCUGAUAUCAUUGAUCUGGUCAUACGAGUCACCUGUCGACCAGGGUUGGAUGCUAUUCUAGUUACACCCCCAACGUUCGGACUGUACAUGUUUCGGGCUGCGCUGAACCAGGCAGAUACAGUGCCAUGUCCCUUGGAUGCUUCUUUCAACUUGAAACUGAAGGAGGUCUAUAAGGAACUAGAUAACAAUCCUAACGUAAAGCUGGUUUUCCUGGCGUCUCCGGGUAACCCAACGGGAACACUGAUUCCACUGGAAGAUAUCCAAGCAGUGCUGGACUAUCCAGGUUUCAACGGAUACGUGGUGGUUGACGAAGCCUAUAUCGACUACGCCAACCACCCAGACACGGCAACAUCGUUGAAUCUCUUCUCAGAGUAUGCAAAUCUCAUCGUAAUCCAAACCUUCAGCAAGGGCCCAGGACUGGCUGGUCUUCGUCUCGGGAUAGCAUUCGCCCAUCCAGAAACCAUUAAGAUGUUGGAUAAAGUUCAAGUGCCGUACUGCAUUCCAACCACCACCUCCAUUCUAGCCCAAGCAGGCAUGUCUCCAAAUGGCCGGCGGUCACAGAAACUGCUUGUGCAGAAAGUAGUUGCGAACCAAGAGUCUCUUACUCGAGCGCUGACAGAACCCAGCAUGGCUGAGCUCGGCAUCGGAAAGCCACUUGGGGCAGGAGAAGCCAACUUUAUCCUUCUACCUAUUCUGAGUCGGACUUCCAAUGCUCCUGACUCAAUGCGCGCUGAGUUGACCGCUCAGAAGCUGCAGGAAGACUAUGGCAUUUCGGUUCGGUACGUUGGAAUGAUGCCGCAUUGUGAAGGUUGUCUGCGGAUCACCGUUGGUACCGACCAGGAAAAUGGCGAGCUUGUCAAAGGAUUGAUGAAGAUAUUGCCAGAAAUUUGAGCGAGAAGUUUCCGACGCAAUGGGACGAGAAUAGCUUUGCAAUUCUAUCUGGCUUUUUUCCAAAUAGUCGCAGACGAUACGUAGUCAUGUGAAGAACAACAGUCAUGAGAUUCCUCCUUUGAAGUAAAAUCACGACUUAGCCUUGUCAAUUCCCAGAAAGCCCACAUGUACUUAGGACCUUGCGAAAAGUCUCAUAAUACUCAGAUCUGCCUCCAGGAACGCGUCGCUGAGAUUCGUGUCGGUGACAAGAAAAUGUCGCUUUUCUAGCCACGCAAUGGUGAAUCGAACGUACUCCAGCGUCUUUUCCUAGUGUUCAGGCAGUAUAGUAGCUUCAUGUUGAUACUGCGGGUCGUUCUUAUGGGUCAUGGGAUGGUCUGAUCCGGCUGUUGUAUCUAUCCGCGCAGGCCUCGGCCUCCGUGGCAUCCAAGACUUUCGCUUUCUGGUAUCAUACCGCGGAGAUCUCCCAUGUUGACCCACG